CACUUCUCUGCUAGUGAAGACAAUGGGUGGCGUCCUGCAAAUGACCAAUAAACAUCUGAUGAGAUCUUCACCCUCACCAGUCAUGGGAAUGCCAAAUAAAACCUAGUUUUUCAUCCCUCACAUUGGCAAAAUGUAAAAGAUAUAACAUCCAGUGCUGGCCAGCACAUAAAGAAAUGUAGAUUUUCAAAUAUUGUUGUUGAACAUCUGAAUCUCAACUACUUUUUAGAGAGGAAUUUGAUAAUAUAUAGACAUUUUAAUGUUCAUAUUCUUUGACCCAGAAAUCCAAUUUAACUUAAAAAAAUCUGAAAAUACAGCUUUUCGUGUCUCUCUCCUCCACCACCCCUCCACCUCCCUCAGAGUCGCGCCGACAGAAGCCAGGGCCUCAACCAGGGAGUGGCUGUGGAGCUGCCGCGGCCUCGUCAGGGCUCCCUCUGUGCUUCCAGGAGAGCGAGGCCAAGGACAUCAGCAGAGCCACCUGCUUCGAGUUCCUGAGCUGCUGACAACCUGCAGGACGCCGAUGGCCUCUGGCAGAGGCUGCUGGGCCCUGGCCACUCUGCUGGCAAUUGUGGACAUCGAGCUUGGCGGAUGCAUGCGCCUCCUCAGCUCAGCUUCCCAGGAAGGAAAGCGACUAAGCUUAAUCUGUACCUUGAGGCAUACGAACGAAGAGGCUGAGGGGGCCAUCGUGUUUCUGUGCAAGGACAGGCCUUCGGACUGUUCCCCUGAGACCAGCUUGAAGCACCUGAGGCUGAGACGCUCGCCUGAGAUGGAUGGUGCCAGUGAGAGAUCAUCUCAGUUGGAGGUCACCCUAACCGAAGCCACACCAUUGGCCAGUGGGACCUACCAGUGUUGUGCCAAAAGCCAGGCGCCAGAAAUCCUCCUUCAAGGUCAUUUUCUCUCCGUUUCAGUCACAGAGACAGGGAACUACACAGUGACGGGAGGGAAACUAACAGGACAGCAGGAGUCCAGCCAUGGUAACGGCCCUCUCCACAGUAAAGGCCCUCUCAGUCCAAGCGCCCUGCAAGAGGUCUUGGUGAUGCUGGCCACCAGCCUGAUGGUCCUUCAAGCUCUGUAAGAGCUUCCUGCCAGAAGAAAUCUUUUUAAAAAUCACAGCAAGAUAAAUAUGUUUACCUUGGAAUCUUUCACAUUACAACAUGGGCACAGGGGAACGUGCCAAGAACCUGGGGAAUAUAAAAUGGGACAAAUGAGUGGAUCCCUUGACCUCCCCUACUUACUUCCAGGGCGAACCUGCCUUCUUCACAACUCAGUCACAGUGAGGGAGAGAGCAGCUCUCACAGUGGCUGGGGCAGUGCCCACUCAGACACGGGAUAAGUCCAUGUGUUUGUGUCCCCAGAAGAACUUUUCCUCGGUGCCCCCCCCCCCGCGCCCCCAAACACAGUAAAAGAAGCAAGUCAAACCAAGUGAGAACACCAAUUUUGGGGGGAGAAAUUGUUAUUUACCACUGAAGGAAAGAAAGAAGAAAUAAGCAAAAGAGAGGUAGGAGAGGAAAGAGACCCAGACCCAGUGUCUCAACUCUGCAUGAACAUAGAGAAAAUGAAGAGAGCACCUGGUGUAGACAGCAAUCCACACCGCACUGAUGGACGAAGAUUUGUGCAGACCAGAUGCGCCACGGAUCACAACUGUCUACCUUCAGCGAAGUACUUACCAACAUCUUCGGUCAUUUCUCUUUUUAUAAAAAUGCCCAAAGCAGUAUUUGCAUCUUUUCUCCUAAAUUCACAAACCCUCUUUCUCUUUAAACAGAUGACCUCUUGUCAUAGUUAAGCAAGGAGGUGGGAGGCGGGGGGAGGGGGGGAAGGAUAUGCCUGACAGGAAGAACUACAUGAAUAGAGAGGUACGAACACAAUUUCACUGGAACUAAAUAGCCAACUAUCGAAAGGAAACACCUUACCUGAUUUUGGAUUUUGUUUUAUAAGGUAAAAAAACUAGGCAUGGAGUCCAAAGACCUGCUCUGCAACAUACCAGCUGUGUGUAUUUGGGCAAGUGAAGUUCUGAAAUGUAUCUUUCAAAUAAGUCAAUACUGUGUUUCAACUGGAUGAGGAUUCUGGUGUGACUAAUAAAGACAAAUUGAUUUAAAAAUAUUACUGAAAUCUUAGUAGCUUUUUGUGAUGUAUUUAUUCGCUAAGAUACUGAAGAUACAACUCUCAUCUCAUUGGGAAGGAAUCUAGUACCGUUUGGACCUUAAAAAAUAGUACAUCUUAUUAGAAAAUGUGAAGAACCACAAGCCUGCAUCCCGUAAUUCACAGAUAGAAGUAUCCUAGCUGAGAGAGGAAAGGCAACAUGUGGACUCCACUUCGUGGACCCCUUCUAAGUGUAAUCAGCAAGACGAAGUUCUCAUGUAUAAGAUCGUAGAGUUGGAUGCAUGUAAUUCCAUUGUCUGGCAGGUAUGAGAUGAAAACCUCAAUGUCCUUUGGAUAAGAGAAGGGCUCUACUUUGGCCCUGAGAAACCUCUCCAGCGGUACACAAUGCACUCUACCCGUUCUAGUUUAAACCCCUGAGUGGCCUGUGGGGCCCAGCCGGAGUGCUGAGACUCAGACAUUACUACAAGCUACCAUUUCCUCCCACAGGACAGCCACCUGGAAUUUUUAACCCAUCAAGCCUUCCCCCCAACUCCCUGCACCAGAACUCAUGCGAGAUUCAUUUUGGAAACUUGCAGUAAGAGAACUCUGUCCUGCCGGUCCCCCUAACUCCCAAAUCUCCGCUGGUUUAUUCUUGUAAACAGCACUCUGGUCUUCCCACCUCUCCAUCAGCGGUCAAACAGGGUUUCCCUCUAGCAUCAUCUGUUACCACCCUCCUCCUUUUCCUCCUAAAACCUGUUGUCUUCACAGAUGUCAGUGGCCUGCCUAGAGCAGCUCUAACAACCAACUCUGAAGUGCCCUUCACCUCCAAAACCCCAGACGCUGCUGUUAUUGUUUAUAACAGACACAGAUUCAUUCCCCC